GCUUGUGAUUGGAUGGAUAAAGCUGUAAAAGAAUAUACACUAAUGGGUAGAAUUAAACGACCAGCAUAUUCACUCAUAGAAAUUGGAUCAAACAAGCCUGGAGAGUACAAGAAGAAAAUUGGUAUUAAAGAAGGGGGAGAAAAUCUUGAAAGUGUUAAUGAAACUGAUUUGGAAAGCGAAUAUUCUGAGCCCAAGAGGAGGGAAAUUAUAUUAAUACAUA